CUUCCCACCAUCAUCUACUCGAGUAUAUCACAACCACCUUCCACCGGCAGAGGGAUAAAAAAGAUCCAUACAUCAAGACAACCCCACCACUCACAAGGAAAAAAUCUCUUCCCCAACCAAGGACGGGGAACAAGCAAAAAUCAAAAACAAAAAAAAAAAAAACAUAACAAAGCGAGACAAAAAAGAAAACAGGUGGAAGAAAGGAUGCCCCAAACUCUGUUCUUUGUCACCAGCAACGCUAGCAAACUGGCAGAAGUAAGCGCUAUCCUGGCCGCUAGCGGGAUAAGCGUCCAGAGCAUGGCCUUGGAUUUACCUGAACUGCAGGGGAGCAUAGAAGACAUAUCGAAGGAUAAAGCGAAACGUGCGGCAGAAGCGAUUGGCGGACCCGUUCUAGUCGAAGAUACCUGUUUGUGCUUCAAUGCUUUGAAGGGAUUACCUGGCCCGUAUAUAAAAUGGUUCAUGAAAGACCUCGGCCAUGAAGGUCUCGUGAACAUGCUCGCCGCGUACGAAGAUAAGUCCGCGCAAGCCGUGUGCACAUUCGCCCACUGUGAGGGGCCUGGGAAGGAGCCGGUGUUGUUUCAGGGUAGGACUGAUGGUAAGAUUGUGCCUCCUAGAGGACCUGCGAAAUUUGGAUGGGAUCCGAUAUUCGAGUACGAAGGGCAGACGUACGCCGAGAUGGACAAGGCCGCUAAGAAUUUGAUCUCACAUCGCUUCAAGGCGCUCGAGAUGCUUAAGGAGUGGAUGGAGGCUCAUCCCUAGAUUACCCGCGAUGUGCGGGGAGCGUUGCUCUAUGGUACUCUAGCGUUUUAUAGGGGGAGGUUUUUUUUUGUCUCAUUAUGUCUAGAGGCUAGGAACUAGAGGUUGAUAUACCGAA